AGGUCAACAGGAGGUUUAAAUAUUCUCCCAGUGUUACAAAGCAAAUGAUUCCAGAAGAACAGCGGAGGGAAGACUAAACCAGCUCCCCGUGUACUUUCUACGCUUUACAGCAAUCACAGUAAGAAACCUACGUUUUUGCAUAAGAUAUGAAUUUACAGAAUACAUGAUCGCUAUGGACCCCGUCACAAUUCUUCUGUCUGUUGUUGUCAUUCUAUAUUUGGCAAAUCUUUUUAACAAUCGAAAACAACAGAAGUACAAGAAUUUCCCCCCAGGACCAACAACCUUACCCCUCAUUGGGAAUUUGCACCUGAUCGACAAGGGCAAACCUAAUAAUACAUUUAUAAAGCUGGCAGAGAAGUACGGCCCAGUGUUCAGCAUCCAGUUAGCAAAAGAAAAGUUAGUUAUCCUGUGUGGGUAUGACACUAUAAAAGACGCUCUAAUUAACCACGCUGAGGAAUUCUCUGAAAGACCUGAGUCACCGGUAUUUGCGAACACAUUAAGGAGAUAUGGUGUUAUGUUUACUAAUGGUGAGAACUGGAAAGUGAUGAGACGAUUUACUCUUUCAACAUUACGUGAUUACGGGAUGGGGAAGAAGAGCAUAGAGAACAAGAUUAGUGAUGAAUGUGAAUAUUUGAUGCAGACAUUCAGAUCCUAUGAAGGAAAACCUUUUAAUAAUAUGACCAUCAUUAAUGCAGCUGUAGCCAAUAUAAUUGUGUCCAUACUAAUCGGGCGUAGGUUGGAAUACGGGAAUCCAAACGUUUUGAGGCUCGUGAGUUUACUUAAUGAAAAUCUCAGAAUUCUGGAUAGCUCUAUGGUCAGGUUGUACAACAGUUAUCCCUCGGUGGUCGGCUGGCUUCCUGGAAGUCACAGAAAAUUUUUGGAGAACAGUAACAAGAUGCUGGAAUUUCUCAGAGAGACUUUUAUAAAACAGGAGAGAGAACUGGACAUCAACGAUCAGAGGAAUCUUAUAGAGUCAUUUCUUGCCAAGCAACAAGAGGGAAAGCCAGAAUCUACCUUGUAUUAUCACGAUGAUAACCUGAUCGGUCUUGUCAGCAACCUGUUUAGUGCUGGGAUGGAGACAACCUCAAAUACUCUGCGAUGGGGCCUCCUGCUAAUGAUGAAAUACCCCGACAUACAAAAAAAAGUACAAAAUGAAAUUGAAAAAGUGGUCGGAUCAGCUCAACCUCAAACAGAGCAUAGGAUGCAACUUCCGUACACCGACGCCGUCAUCCAUGAAAUUCAGCGGUUUGGUGACAUUGUGCCGGGCAAUUUACAGCACUCAUCUGCUCGAGAUGUCACAUUCAGAGGAUUUGUCAUUCCAAAGGGGACCAUCGUUCUGCCAGUACUGUCCUCUGCCCUGAAAGAUGGCGCCUACUUUGAGAAACCAAAAGAGUUUUUCCCAGAACAUUUUCUUGACUCAGAAGGACAUUUCAAGAAGAAUGAGGCGUUUAUACCAUUCUCUUUGGGUAAGAGAAGCUGCGCUGGAGAGAACCUGGCCAAAACAGAGCUGUUUGUGUUCUUUACAACGCUGCUACAGAACUUCACUUUCCUGGCUCCGCCCGGAGAUAGACUGGACCUCACCCCUGCAAUUGGAUUUACUAAUUCACCUUUGCCAUAUGAAAUCUGCGCCAUACCAAACGGCACCCGGCAGGGCUGCCCACUCUCCCCAUUGCUAUUUGCUCUGGUGAUGGAGCCUUUGGCGGCCAACAUCAGACUGAAUACUAACAUCUCGGGCAUUGUGGUUGGGAACCACGACUUCAACAUAGCGUUGUAUGCGGAUGACGUUAUUCUCACUUUAACCGACCCACUCACAUCUUUACACCAUCUGUUUGAGGAGAUUCAAACUUAUAGUCGCCUGUCUAAUUACAAACUCAACACUGAUAAAACAGAGAUCCUGGAUAUACACUUGUGCAUGUGGAGAUGGGAGCAACCAGCGAGCUCCUCCAAAUUCAAAGAGAUGGUUCUGCAGAACCUUGGGCAAAACCAGAGAAAUGAUGUUGACGGUGACACAUCUGGGUGGAGUGACGAUGACAGCUACAGGGAAACCAUGUUGCUCAAAGAGCCAGAUGGUCUAGCCCAAAUGAGAGUGGUUCUUCAACAAGUGCAAGCCCCACCAGGGCCAGACCCUAUUGAAACUCUCAAUCAGAAGCUCAUGGAAGUGACAUUGAAUCUCUCCCGAAUGAGCCAGACAUUGGAAGAGCUCAGCAGGGAUCAAGAUAAGAAUCAGCCCAGGGAAUGGCAUCAAGUACGAGUAUUCUCCCAGUGUUAUAAAGCAAAUGAUUAUCACCAGGAGAACAGAGAAGAGAAUACUGGACCAGCUCCCUGUGUACUCUCUACGCUGUACAGAAAUCACAAUUUUACAAUAUACAUGAUCGCUAUGGACCCCGUCACAAUUCUUCUGUCUGUUUUUGUCAUCCUCUGUUUGGCCAAUGUUUUUAACAAUCGGAAACAACAGAAGAACAAGAAAUUUCCCCCAGGACCAACAACCUUACCCUUCAUUGGGAAUAUGCACCUGAUCAACAGGAGAAAACCUCAUAAUACAUUUAUAAAGCUGGCAGAGAAGUACGGCCCAGUGUUCUGCGUUCAAUUGGGAUCAAAAAAGAUGGUUAUCUUGUGUGGGUAUGACACUAUAAAAGACGCUCUAAUCAACCACGCUGAGGAAUUCUCUGAAAGACCUGAGUCACCAGUGAUUGCAAAUACAUUGAGGAGAUAUGGUGUUGUAUUUACUAAUGGUGAGAACUGGAAAGUGAUGAGACGAUUUACUCUUUCAACAUUACGUGAUUACGGGAUGGGGAAGAAGAGCAUAGAGAACAAGAUUAGUGAUGAAUGUGAAUGUUUAAUGCAGACAUUCAGAUCCUAUGAAGGGAAACCUUUUAAUAAUAUGACCAUCAUUAACGCUGCUGUAGCCAAUAUAAUUGUAUCCAUACUAAUUGGCCAUAGAUUUGAAUAUGGGAAUCCAAGCGUUCUGAGGCUCAUGAGUUUAAUGAAUGAAAAUAUCAGAAUUGCAGAUAGCCCUAUGGUCAGGUUGUACAAUAGUUAUCCCUCGGUGGUCGGCUGGCUUCCUGGGAGUCACAGAAACAUUUUGGAGAACAGUAACAAGUUGCUGGAAUUUCUCAGAGAGACAUUUAUAAAACAGGAGAGAGAACUGGACAUCAACGAUCAGAGAAAUCUUAUAGAGUCAUUUCUUGCCAAGCAACAAGAGGGGAAACCAGAAUCUACCUUGUAUUAUCACUAUGACAACCUGAUCGGCCUUGUCAGAAAUCUGUUUGGUGCUGGGAUGGAGACAACCUCAUCUACACUGAGAUGGGGCCUCCUGCUAAUGAUGAAAUACCCAGAGAUCCAAAAAAAAGUACAAAAUGAAAUUGAAAGAGUGAUCGGAUCAGCUCAACCUCAAACAGAUCAUAGGAAACAUCUGCCGUACACCGACGCCGUCAUCCAUGAAAUUCAGCGGUUUGGUGAUAUUGUUCCUGGUAAUUUACAGCACGCAACCUCUCGAGAUGUCACAUUCAGAGGAUAUGUCAUUCCAAAGGGGACCAUCGUUCUCCCAAUACUGUCCUCUGCACUGAAAGAUGGCGCCUAUUUUGAGAAACCGGAAGAGUUUUACCCAGAACAUUUUCUUGACUCAGAAGGACAUUUCAAGAAGAACGAGGCGUUUAUACCAUUCUCUUUGGGUAAGAGAAGCUGCGCUGGAGAGAAUCUGGCCAAAACGGAGCUGUUUGUGUUCUUUACAACGCUGCUACAGAACUUCACUUUCCAGGCUCCGGCCGGAGCUAUACUGGACCUCACCCCUGCGAUGGGGUUUAUCAGUUCACCGAUGCCUCAUGAAAUCUGCGCCAUACUGCGAAGAUAGCCAUGCUUUCAGCCACGUUAUUUCAUAAAAUCUGUCAUAGUUGUUUUGAAUUGCAUUAACAAAAUCAGUCAGCUGAGAAUAUUUUUUAUUUCCAUAUUAAAUGGUCAAUUACUGUACUUUUGUACGUUUGUUCACAUAUAUAAUUAUUGUGCUGCAAAAUACACAUCUGCUAUAGAAAUUUGAUGAGAACAUUUUUCAUAAUUCAUCACACUGAAUUUAAAUGUAAACCUCCUUAAAUACAAAAAAAUUGUUCUACUCGAUAUUGGUGAGUAGUAACAGCAGUCUGCUAGUGGUGAGGAGUCUUAUCUUAUCCUUCUACUAUUGAUACUUAAAGGAUUUACUGUAAGUGCAUAUAGUGCUACUUUGUUUUAUGUAAUAAAUUAUUACAGUAUGAUUUUACUGUACGCUGUGAGAUGUUUCAUUCAUUGUCUGCAUUGUAUAUUGUUUUUAGUGUUUGACUAACUGCAGGGCCGGCACCAGAAAUUUUGGGGCCCGGGACACUGAUAUUUCUGGGGCCCCCUCAACCCUCAGUGAUCCUGCACAUUUAAAGCAGAGGGCGUAUUUAUAAAAAGUGUGUGUGUAUAAAUAUACAUACUGAAUAUGCACAUAUGAA